ACCUCCACAGAGUCACUUCCAUCAUAUAUAACACCCGCAUUUCAAAGUUUCAAACUACUGAAAGAGUGUAGCUUUUCUGAAAUGGAUAUGAUAACAAGCAUGGUGGCCGGAAAGCCAGUGGUGAUCUUCAGCAGGAGCACAAGUGAUAUGAGCCACUCCAUCGUGUCGCUGAUAACGGGGUACGGGGCGAAUCCAACAGUGUAUGAGCUUGAUCAAAUCCCAAAUGGGCAAGCAAUAGAGAGGGUACUGGUUGAGCAGCUGAAUUGCGAGCCUUGUGUGCCGGCUGUUUUCAUAGGCCAACAGUUCGUUGGUGGAACUAAUCAGGUCAUGACCCUGCAACUCAGAAACCAGCUUGCGCCUAAGCUCCUGGCGGCCAAUGCCAUUUGGCUUUGGAAUCAACAGUAGUAUUUAUACACUACUCUAGUUAUAUUUACUUUAU